UGUAUUUAAUGAUAUUUUGAUUUGUUGCUGAGGUAUCGCGCUUACCUCUCUCUCUUGCUCUCUUGUUUCGUACUUUGAAAAAAGAGAGAUUUUUUAGUCGCGUUUUGAACAUAGAUCAUGACAGGAGAAGCCUAGAUUUUACUUCACCUACUUGAGGUAAAAUUUCAAGCAAAGGAGCCCAAGCUUUAAUUGCAAGUAGGCCAUACAUCGGAUCUUCUUUCUCUCUUAAGAGCUAAGCAAAAACCUCCAUCUCUUCCUCUAUUUCUUCUAUCUUCUCUCUCUCUCUCUCUUGAAUAAGCUCCACUGCUCUGUUUUUUUGCUUUUGUUUUACCGGAGAUCGUUUUGGGUCUCUUUCUCUUGUUAAUCAACACGCUUAAUCUUUGCGGGACCUGAAAAAAAUGGCAUCUUAUCGAUCCCAAUCUGGGUUUUGCCCUCUCUCGCCGUGUCCCUUGCUCGGUAAUUUCGUCGAACGGAUUAAAGACGCAUGUCGUUUCCUCGUCUCUGCUGUUCUGGGCACAAUUCUCUCCGCGAUCUUGACCUUCUUCUUCGCUUUAGUGGGCACAUUGCUUGGGGCACUCACAGGAGCUUUGAUAGGCCAAGAAACAGAGAGUGGUUUCAUCCGAGGAGCAGCGGUUGGAGCCAUCUCAGGAGCUGUUUUCUCCAUCGAAGUCUUUGAAUCAUCACUUGUUCUCUGGAAAUCUAACGAGUCACGUUUCGGAUGCCUCCUCUACUUGAUUGAUGUCAUUGUUAGUCUUAUAAGCGGCAGACUUGUGCGGGAACGCAUAGGUCCAGCAAUGCUAAGCGCGGUUCAGAGUCAGAUGGGAGCUGUAGAUACAACUUUCGACGAGCUCUCGAGUAUCUUUGACACCGGCGGUUCAAAAGGAUUAACAGGAGAUUUGGUUGAUAAAAUACCAAAAAUCAAAAUCACUGGCAAAAACAACUUGGAUGCUUCUGGCAACAAAGACUCGUGUUCUGUCUGCCUUCAGGAUUUUCAACUUGGUGAAACGGUAAGAAACUUGCCACAUUGUCAUCACAUGUUUCACCUGCCUUGCAUAGACAAUUGGCUACUCAGGCACGGAUCUUGUCCAAUGUGUAGACGUGAUCUGUAAUCUCCCUUCUUACCAUUUGCACAGUCUCUGUCUCUCCUCAUUAAGCCUAAGCUUCUUCUUCUCUCUUCUCUUUAUAUGGUCGUAAUCUUGUGGCUAGUCUCUCUAUAUGUACAAAGAAAUGGAAAAAAAAAGUUUUGAAUUGUGUUGACGAAACCCAUAAACUCAACCAAAUCCAUUUAAUAGAUUGUGUGUUGAUCUCACCAAACUUUUGAAGUGGUUGAAUUUUCGCAAUAUUCUUUACUUAUGACGUG